AUGACAUCUGCUGUUGAUAAAUCUUCUAGCACGAUGGAGGAAACGCCUGUUGCGAAGGAGGCCGCUAUCAAAAAGACAGCCUCUCAGAACGGCCACACUGAUGAGCGUAACAGCGGUGAGAGUGGCAGUCGACGUAGCUACACGCCAGGCUGUUUCGAUAUACUGUUUGGUCCGAAGGGGAUAGGAGCCGAGAAAGCUAAGGACGCCCAGGGUCAUGAACAUACUAGGGAGGAAGUGAACAGGAGACUUCGGUGGAAGGGGCGAGCUCAUUUCCCAUCUGCUGAUGUUAAUGCUAUUAGAAAACCCAAAGUUGGAUCGAAAACUGAACUCCGAAGUCAAUCAAUGCAGGCCGCACCUCUAGUGCAUUUCCAAGAAUCGGUAUCGUACUGUUCAUUCGGGAGUGAAAGCCCUCCUGAACAGGUCGCACAUCAGUGUAAAAAUCGUACAGAGGUUCUAGUUGAUCGUCCUCAUUUCCAUCGUUUGCCUAGCGCUCAAAAUGCUCCUAAGGGUAUUAUUGCUUCUCUGGGCGCCCAUCAUGUCAAUGCAUCUUGCACAGCCGUCCCCGAUAAGCCCAUCCGUGCGAGCAGUUACCGGAUGAGCAGAGGCCGUUCAGCCGGUAGGUCAGUCGCCCCUAAGAGGAGCAUUUUGAAGAAGGAACAACUUCCACCAGAGCCGGACUCGAUAAUUCUCAAUGAGAAUCAGCUCACUAUCGGUUCACUGCAGUUGGGAGGGUCGACUAAGAAGCAUUCUCCCUCGUCAGUAUCCCUAUGCUCAACAGCGGCGUCAAUAUACGGUGAAGUUUACGAGGAGAUGGAUGAUGACCUUCGCCCUCGAGGCGCUAGUGUUCACUUCCGCCCACAACAAGUCGAGUAUACCUUCGAUGAUGAGCGCCUCCUUUCAGUGUCUCUGGGAAGAACUGCUGACUAUGAUGGAGCUCCCAACGAAAAACGCGCGGAGAAGUUGGCUGAGCAGACAGCUACAAAAGCUGUAGCCCGAGGAGUAUAUGCUUUUUAA